AUGGAUAUGGACAUGGACAUGUCAACGACGAGCGGCAUGGACAUGGCCGGCCACGCCGAGGAUUCGAAAAUGCCGGCGUCCAUGAUGUCCAUGACCUUCUUCACCAGCACCACCACAUCUCUUUACUCGACCACAUGGACGCCGAGCACCCCGGGCGCUUAUGCCGGAACGUGCAUCUUCUUGAUCAUCCUCGGUCUCGUCUUCCGCUGCCUGCUGGCCGUCAAGCAGUGGAAGGAGACGGCCUGGAUGGACGCCGAGUUCAACCGCCGCUACGUGAAUGUCGCCGGGAAGCUGCCCAAGUCGGAACGUAUCUCGCAGGAUGUGGAUAGCAAGCGCAUGACUUUGUCGGAGAACGGGGUCGAGGAGGAUGUGAUGGUGGUGAAGAAGCGGGGCAUGGGCGUCCGCCCUUGGAGAAUCACCGUUGACCCGGUGCGCGCGCUUAUGGAUACCGUCAUCGCGGGAGUUGGCUACCUCCUCAUGCUGGCAAUCAUGACUAUGAAUGUGGGAUACUUCCUCUCGGUUCUCGGUGGGACCUUCCUCGGCAGUCUUGCUUUGGGGAGAUAUGUCACCGCGGAACACUAG